GAAACCCAAACGCACUUCCCGGUUCUCAGCAGCGAGCUUUUUCGACGCCAUGACGCUUUUGUUGUGUAUCUUCUCCUUCUUCGACUCAAGAGUUGGAGCAAAACAGUCGAAAGAUUUCGACCCCCACGAACGCGCUUAAAUGUUCGGCUCAGUGAGGAAGUGGCGUCCAGCGGCUCAUUUGCAUGAUUCGUGCCUCGGAGUUGCGUGCUCGGAAGCCAUGGCCGCUAGGACGCCGCGAUGCACCCGCAAACUGCGCUCGUGGAUCGUGGAACAGGUGAACAGCGGUAAAUUUCCCGGCCUGAGGUGGGAGGACGAGGCCAAGACCAUGUUCCGCAUCCCGUGGAAACACGCCGGGAAGCAGGACUUCCGCAAGGACGAGGACGCCGCCAUCUUUAAGGCCUGGGCGGAGUUCAAGGGCAAGCCGAGCGAGGCCAACCCGGCCGUGUGGAAGACGCGACUGCGCUGCGCUCUCAACAAGAGCCCCGAGUUCCGCGAGGUCGGGGACCGGGCCCAGCUGGACAUCUCGGAGCCGUACAAAGUGUACCGGCUGGUGCCCGCCAGCGAGCAAGGCCCGCAGACGCCGGAGAGGAAACCGGGAGAGAGAAGCGGCAGGAAGUGCAAGCGACGGAGCGGCGACGCGGCGGCGGGCCGAGACGUCGCCGACGCCAAGCAGGCGAAGACGGCGGAAGACGUCAAACCGGACCUGGAUGCGCGAGAGCUCACGCAGAGCGCGCAAUUCCCGCCAGAGGAGCAACACCCGGCCCAGACGGACGCCCCCGUGCAGGAUUCCCCGCUUAGCGAAAUCCGACUGGACGUCCGCAUUGAGGAAAGCGUGACGCCGCCUCGGGAAGACGUGGACUCGUUGCACGUGGCCGUGCACUAUUUGGGCCAGCGAGUGCUGACGCGUCACAUCCACGGGCCCGACGUGCGGGUCCUGUACGUGCCGUCGUCGUCGCCCGUGCCGCCCACCCCAGCCCCCGACGCCUGCUUCCCGCGCAUCCACCUGCCGGAGCCGCCGCCCUCGCCGCCCGCCGACAGGGCGGCGCUCCUCUCCCUGCUGCCCUUCAUGGAGAAGGGCGUGGCGCUCACGUCCACCCAGCAGGGCGUCUACGGCCGACGCUACUGCCAGGGACGGGUCUUCUGGACCGGGCCGCACACGUCCUCGCCCGGACUGUGCAAGAUGGAACGGAACUCCCAGCCCGUCCUGCUCUUCAGCAAAGACACUUUCAAGCAACAACUGGACUACUUCCGCGUGAACGGCGGCGAGCCUCCGCAGUGCAGCCUCACCCUUUGCUUCGGAGAAGAACUGAGCAGCUCCGAAGACCCGUCCAAAAAGUUCAUCAUCGUUCAGGUGAGGCUGCCGUGGGCCGAGCAGCAGGUCCAAAGCGCUCGCUCCAUCGCGGACUCCUUCGCCCUCCUGCAGUCGCCGCUGGACGAGAUCACGCUGAGCCUGGUCUUGCCGACCUUGGAGGAGGCACCCUGAGGGAAGGUCACGGGGGGGGGGGGGGGGGGCUGGGUGUCAUGAGGGGGGUUCCUAAACCCUCAUACCACACUGACGUCACUUUUCAAACAAAUAUGUAUUUGCACCCGUCAACUUUGAACUCUCAAAUGGAAAACCGCAUACACAAAACACUUUGGCUGCCUAUAGAGUAGUUUAUUUUGAUGGACAGUGGAUAUAAAAAGUCUACACACCCUUUUGAUUGCAAGGUUUUUUUGUGGAGCGGGGGUUUUACAAAACUACACCGUUUCAAAAACCUUCGUGACCGAUAACCAGCAGGACCAUCAGUCCAUUAAUUUUCCAAGCCAUUCAUUGGAUGAAAAUAUUUCAUAUCUGCGCUUUAUGUGAUUGGUUAAUUUUGAUCACAGCC